AUGUCUUCAUUUGCUGUCCGUGAUGGCACUCGCGCGCUCAAUUUCUCGGUGCCUCUCGAUUCUAUGGAAGAUCAAAUCGAAUUUUCUGAUUCUUCUAACAUAGAUCUUGAUAUGGCUCUGCCCUCUUUCUCGAUUCCUGAGUCUCCUUUGAGUACUUCUUCUACUGGGAGCGACUCUCGGGACCAGUCUCCAGACCUAGAGCCUCAGUCUAGGAAGUCUGGUCAUGGGUCUGAGCAAUUCAUCUCACCCCCGUCACCGCUACCUCUUCAGCCGCUACAGGUAGCAGAAGAUGCCAACGCGGAGAAUUUGGCGUUACAGCCGUCUUUUGAUCCAGUUUCGACAUCCCGGACCGACACAUGUCGUGAAGAAGCAGGUACCAUGGUAAUGCCAUCUUGCUACGGGCUUUAUUCUCAGACGAUCAGUGAGAAUGCACCGGGCCAUCCAGAGCUGUCACCUCAGCUUACAUCAGUACCUGAAGAAGCCAUUCAAGAUGACGAUGGUGUUCAAUCUUUGAUUCCUCGAUCAACUUCAGCCUUGACCCCUCCAAUUUGGAUGUCAGAUAUCGCUGGAGAUGAAACCAGUGUGCUACCAGUGACCACGGAAGAAGACUUUUUUCCUAUAAUUUCUACCUCGGACAUCGUGACCAGCUCAAUUCUAUCACCCCCAUCUCCAGAUGGGCAUGUGCUACAAAGCGCAUAUAAUCAAGAGAACACGCACUUUGGGUCUUCACUAGCUUCCCCGGAUUCUCAGCCUCAAGUAGAGGAAGACGUAGACCCCGGGAACGCCUCUGAUGGAUCCACAUAUGUCGCAAGUUCCGUCUUCGAUGAGGACUAUUACUCGGAUACAUCUAGCCACACAGCUUCCCUACUCUCAGAUGUGAAAGACUACUCAUACGAGAAUGGCCGACGAUACCACUCCUACCGCGAAGGCCACUACGUCCUACCAAACGAUGAUCAGGAACAAGACCGCCAAGACCUCCUCCACCACGUUCGCAACCUCGUUCUAAACGGGGCUCUCUUCCGAGCUCCAAUAAAGGACAACCUUCAACGAGCCCUCGAUAUAGGAACAGGCACAGGUAUCUGGGCCAUUGAUUUCGCCGACAGCUACCCCGGCGCUGAGGUUGUGGGUACAGACCUCAGCCCGAUCCAGCCAUCCUGGGUGCCGCCCAAUCUUCGAUUCCUCGUCGACGACGCCGAGUCGCCGUGGUUAUUCAACACCAAUCGACCUUUUGACUUUAUUCACGCCCGGGACCUCGGCGGGGCCAUCGCCGACUGGCCCCGGCUACUGCGACAGGCCUACACACAUUUGCGACCAGGUGGUUGGGUCGAAUUACAGGAGUUUGAGGUUACGCUGAGGUCGGAUGACGACUCGAUGCGUCUAGCACCGACGUUAAACGAGUUUCUCGGUCACCUGCAUAAAGCCAGUGAGGCUUUUAACCGGCCUAUGAAUAUCGCCGAGGGGCAUCGGCAGCGGCUGGUGGAGGCAGGUUUUCAAGAUGUCAGGGAUGAAGUCUACAAGGUUCCCUCUAGCAUGUGGCCCAAGGAUCCCAUACAGAAACAAAUUGGACGAUACAACCUCUGUUCCCUGUUGAUGGCAGUGGAAUCCUAUUCUUUAGCACUUUUUACCCGUGUUUUGGGAUGGUCGAAUCUACAAACCCAAGUGUUUUAUGCGGGUGUGCGUAGAGAUCUGAACAACCCCGAUGUCCACACUUAUUGCAAUCUGCAUAUCGUAUACGGUCGGAAGCCGGAACAUGAUUAUCAUGCCGAUUAG